CCAACAGACUACUCAAGGACAUCGUCUUGAUCGACUUUGGCGAUUUAAAUUUGCGUCGUCUUGGUCGUCGUUCGCAGUGACGACGGAAUUAUUCACACUCUCUAGGUUGCCAACCAUCAAAGCAGCAACGGUUACCAGCAGAGAUGAGUGUCCAUCGACACACACCAUCGCAGCAACACAAUUCACGCCGCCAAAGUAAAAUCACCAUUGAAUAUCACCGUCCUUCAAGAGAGAGCGUUCAAGAGUACUCGGAUCUACUAGCAGACCCAGCUUUAACUGCUCAAGCUGCUGCUCAAGCCGCGACCUACAGUUACAAAGAUCCUUAUUCAAGUUCUUUGCCUUCCUUGACUCCUUCUCGCUCUGCACCACCACCACCACCCUCAUUUCGUAGUAAAACUCCAGUCGACCCAUCUUCACCAAGAAUACGGAAUAGCCUUCAGAAGAGAGGCAGGAAACACAGCCUUUCGACGAAUUCGUCUCCAGAUCCUUUCGCUGCAGCUCCAAUCAAACAACCCAUGUCUCCUCCUCCUCCUCGUCCAAGUAGGGCAAAUACUGCCACUUUAAACGAUAUCUUUCCUGGCAAUAGCACUAUCGCAGCACGCCGUCUAUCAGCACCAAUCACAGAUACUCCAUACACUACAGAGCCCGUCGACAUCCUUCCCGAUCUACCCGCAAUCACAAGUACACAUUCUGGUACUCGCAGUCGUAGCGCCACGACUGUGAAGCUUAAAAAGGGUGGCAUGCUAGGUGGCAUGUUCGACUUUCUUGCUCCUUCCAAGCGUCCAGAAAUAAGCACUCCUUACGAUCCUGUUCACCUCACACACGUCGGUUUCAACUCUUCCACUGGCGAGUUCACAGGUCUCCCAAAGGAAUGGCAACAGCUACUCCAAGAAUCCGGUAUCAGCAGGAGCGAACAAGAAAAGAACCCCCAGGCCGUUAUGGAAAUCGUCAAGUUCUAUCAAGAAGGAAGGGGCGACGUAUGGGACAAGAUGGGUGCUGUAGGCGUGGACCAAUCCACCAGCGUCAAUGAAGGUUUCGUUAACCCGCGCAUUGCCCCUCCACCACCCAAAAAGCCCGUUACUUCUCCGUCGUCUACUCCCUAUGCCCAGUCACCCGCCACAACCCCCAUUCGUGCAGCACCGGCCCUCCCAGCAGCUUCACUUGACCGCAGCACAUCCCAGCGAGCCCCUCCCAAACCAUCUAAAUCCCAGGACCUGGGACGCGCCAAUACAACCAUGGCCCGGGUCCGAUCCCCCAGCAUCGGUGCCAGUCAGACCGAUCUCAGCGUCAAAGGUCAAAGAGACCGCGAACGGGAACGGGAACGUGAGCGCGAGCGUGAAAGAGAUCGUGACCAACCCAAGCCUGCACCAGCACCUCCGCAGCCCCAAACCCUUGCAAAGCAAACCGGCAUCGCUACUCCGCGUCGCCGGGAGAAGAAAGGUGGCGGUGAUAAGGAAGAUGAUAUCAUCAAGCGGUUGCAGCAGAUAUGCACGGAUGCGGACCCGACGAAGCUAUACCGAAACCUUGUCAAGAUCGGACAAGGGGCAUCUGGAGGGGUGUACACAGCAUACCAAGUAGGUACCAACCUAUCCGUUGCGAUCAAGCAAAUGGACCUCGACAAACAACCCAAGAAAGAUCUCAUCAUUAACGAGAUCCUCGUCAUGCGUGCUUCUCGACACCCGAAUAUUGUAAACUACAUCGACUCGUUUCUGCACAAGAACGAUCUUUGGGUCGUGAUGGAGUACAUGGAGGGGGGAAGCUUAACGGACGUCGUGACCGCCAACUUGAUGACAGAGGGCCAGAUUGCAGCUGUGAGCAGGGAGACAUGCCAGGGACUGGAACACCUCCACCGCCAUGGCGUUAUUCAUAGGGAUAUUAAGAGUGACAACGUAUUGUUGAGUCUUGGGGGGGAUAUUAAACUCACGGACUUCGGGUUCUGUGCGCAAAUCUCAGACCCUGCGAGCUCGAAGCGCACGACGAUGGUAGGCACUCCUUAUUGGAUGGCCCCGGAGGUGGUGACGAGGAAAGAGUACGGACCAAAGGUUGAUAUUUGGAGUUUGGGAAUCAUGGCCAUCGAAAUGAUCGAAGGCGAACCCCCGUAUCUCAACCAAAACCCCCUCAAAGCACUCUAUCUCAUCGCCACCAACGGAACACCUACGAUCGCCAACCCUGAGGCGCUCUCGUCGGUGUUUAGCGAUUAUCUCGCAAAGACACUAGAGGUGGACGCUGAGAAACGCCCUACGGCAAGCGAGUUGUUGCAGCAUCCGUUCUUCAAACUCUGCGAACCACUGCGCACGCUCGCACCCCUCAUCAAAGCAGCACGAGAGAUCGCUAAAAACAAGUGAUCUCCAUUCCACUCUUCUUUUCCUAGCUCAGACGGUAACCCACGCUACACCUUCUUGCUCCAUGCCGAACCAUCUACCUCUUGCAUCUACCCGCCCACUGUAAACGCGCUCGCUGAUACCAAAUCCGUAUACCGAGUUUUGUAAUACAUGCAUGCAUCCCCGGGUUUCUCCCCUCAUCAUACAACAAUCGUGUCGUAUUCAAUCAUCCAUUCAGCUAUAGUUGUAGACGAAAAAUGCGCGCGUCGCGAAGAAUUUUAUCAUUUUUGCUUGUUUCUUUUCUUGUUUUUCGCCCCUCCGUUUUUUAGCCCUUGUUUGUUUUUACCCUCGUGACUACCCCCAUACCUAUGCCUACGUGAUGGUGACGACGACUGGACCUUUUGUGCUUGUCUUGCGCUCGUUCACGUUGGAAUUUUUUUGUUCCAUGUGUUGUUUGUUUGAUGUAAUCUCAUGUCGUUUUGUCUGUCGUG